UACAGCCCGUCGAGUAGUCUCGAGCUGCUCGUGCGCGUUUUUUUGUUCGAAUCUGAGCUCGAGCCAUGUGGUCGUUGCGGGCGGCGAGAAGCCGGGGGGCGGCGGUGGCGGAGGCUUUGACCGGAGGAGGACCUGGCUGGUACUGGCUGCCAGCCGGUUCCCGGGGCUGCGCUCAACAGUUGCCAGCUAUCGGCGUUAAGCAGGGACCUGUGACAAGAUCCGGACCCGGCAGGCAACCCCCAGGCACUGGGCUGAUGAGGAGCGUCAGGCAAAUAAUCCUGAAUUGUAAAACAGAGUUGGCAGCUUUGCAGAAAUGUGAGCCGUGCUUUCAUCCAGGUCUGGCCAUUGUUCAGAUCACUGAUGAUGAUAUGUUGGAGGCCAAGAAGAUGGCAGAAGAGGUUGGGUUACAUGUUGUUCAUAUUUGUCUGCCAGAAGGAAGUGCUACAGAGGAGGUUUUAGAUGAGAUCAUGAAGCUAAAUGAAGACCCUAAAAUCCGAGGCUUGGUUCUUCCCCGCAGUCUUGUCAUGAGCGAUGCGGCAAUAAAUGCAGUGAUUCCCGAGAAAGAUGUCAAUGGAAUCACUGACAUUAAUUUAGGAAGAUUGAUUCGUGGGAAUUUCAGUGAAUGCUUUGUGCCCCCAGCAGCAAGUGCAGUAAUAGAACUACUGGAGCAAGCAGAUUUGUGCACUCCCGGAAGGAAGGCCUUGAUUGUAGGUGAUGAUUGUUUGCAGGGAGCAGUUCUGCAGAAGCUUUUACAGAUGGAAGGGAUGGCAGUUGUGAGCUGCCAGUGGCAGAACACAAACAUCAUGGAACUGCUCCAUCAGAGUGAUGCAAUAGUGGUGACCAGUCCUGCACCAGAGGGACUUGGAGAAGACUGGUUAAAAGCUGACACAACCAUAAUCACUUACAAUUUAUCAGCUGCAGUUUUUAGUUUGACUUCCGAUCACCAAGAUUCCCAGAGAAAUGAAUUGAAGCCCUCGCAUGAUGGGAUUGGACUCCUAACAGCAGCAAUGCAGAUCAAGAAUACAGUUGAAAGCAGCACCAGAUGGCUAAAGCAGCAACAGCACAAGAAAUGGAAUCUUCGGCCUCUGAAAUUGCAGCCCAUUUUGCCUGUCCCCAGUGACAUAGAGAUAUCCAGAGCACAGACUCCAAAAGCAAUUGGUAUCCUGGCUAAAGAGGUCGGCCUGCGUCCAUCAGAAAUAGAACCCUAUGGAUGGAAUAAAGCAAAAGUCAAACUAUCUCCCUUGGACAGGCUGAAGGAACAGCCGGAUGGAAAAUACAUCUUGGUUGCAGGAAUUACACCAACUCCUUUGGGGGAGGGGAAGAGUACAGUGACAAUUGGAUUGGUUCAAGCACUAGCUGCCCAUCUGGGUGUUAAUGCCUUUGCUUGUGUGAGACAACCAUCUCAGGGACCAACAUUUGGUGUGAAAGGUGGAGCUGCAGGAGGUGGAUAUGCUCAGGUCAUACCUAUGGAAGAGUUUAACCUUCAUCUAACUGGGGACAUUCAUGCAAUUACAGCAGCUAAUAACUUGUUGGCAGCUGCCAUAGAUGCCAGAAUUUUGCACGAAGGCACUCAAUCAGACCAGGCUUUGUAUAAUCGUUUGGUUCCCACUAUAAAUGGAAAGCGAAACUUUUCUCCCAUCCAGCUUGCCCGGCUAACACGCUUGGGGAUCCAGAAAAAGGAUCCCCGCACACUGACACCCAAAGAAUUCUCAAAAUUUGUUCGUUUGGACAUUGAUCCAUCUACAAUUACCUGGCAACGAGUGGUUGAUACGAAUGAUCGUUUCUUGCGUAAAAUGACGAUUGGGCAGGCGAGUACGGAGAAGGGAUUUGUCAGAGAGGCUCAGUUUGACAUUGCCGUUGCCAGUGAAAUCAUGGCAAUCCUCGCCCUAACUGACAGUCUGGCUGACAUGAAGACUCGACUCGGUAAUAUAGUGAUAGCCAAUGACCGAAAAGGAGAACCAGUUACAGCAGAAGAUGUGGGGGUUAGUGGUGCACUGGCUGUUCUGAUGAAAGAUGCUAUCAAACCAACUUUGAUGCAAACACUGGAGGGAACCCCCGUGUUUGUGCAUGCUGGACCUUUUGCGAAUAUUGCACAUGGCAAUUCUUCGGUUCUAGCUGACAAGUUGGCACUGAAGCUUGUUGGCAAGGAUGGGUUUGUGGUGACUGAAGCUGGCUUUGGUGCUGACAUUGGGAUGGAAAAGUUCUUCAACAUCAAGUGCAGAGCCUCAGGUCUUCAGCCUCAUGUGGUGGUACUUGUGGCAACAAUCCGUGCCUUGAAGAUGCAUGGUGGAGGGCCCAGUGUCACUGCAGGCAAGCCCCUAUCAAAAGAGUACACUGAGGAGAACCUGAAGCUGGUGGCUGAUGGGUGCUGUAAUCUGCAGAAACAGAUCAAGAUCGCUCACCUUUUUGGGAUCCCGGUUGUGGUUGCUUUGAAUGUUUUCAAAACUGACACCGAAGCAGAGAUUGACCUUGCAUGUCAAAUUGCAAAACACUCUGGAGCUUACGAUGCUGUGCCGUGCAAUCACUGGACCAUUGGAGGCAGAGGAUCACUACAGUUGGCUGAGGCUAUCAGGCAGGCUUCAGACGAGAAGAGUAGCUUCAGAUACCUUUAUGACCUAAAGAUGCCCAUUGUGGAAAAGAUACGCACAAUAGCACAGAAAGUUUAUGGGGCUGAGGAUAUAGAGCUAUCACCUCAUGCCCAAUCCAAGGUGGACCUGUAUGUCAGUCAGGGCUUCGGAGAGCUGCCGAUCUGCAUGGCUAAGACCCAUCUAUCACUAUCACAUCAACCCGAGUGCAAGGGGGUUCCCAGUCAGUUCGUUCUGCCAAUCCGGGAUGUGCGUGCCAGUAUUGGGGCUGGCUUUAUCUAUCCGUUGGUGGGCACGAUGAGCACCAUGCCAGGGCUACCCACACGGCCCUGUUUCUACGACAUUGAUCUCGAUUCGGAUACGGAGCAGAUUAGAGGAUUGUUCUAAAGGCAACAGCUGUCAAACCUCAGAUUGUCCAGAAAUAUCCUGUCCUAUUUCCUGAUUUGAACGAACUUAAUCUCCGUUUGCCUGUUAGAGAAACUGUGGGAAGACAGUGAACUGGAGGUACCCUAGACCCCUCCUGAGAUAUUUUGGGGAGAAUAACCAGUUCAUGUGCCUCUUGGUUCCCCCAGUAGAUCUAUUUUUAUGUUGUUUGCUAGAUUAAAUCCAAAAUUUGAAACACACCCAAUGGAUGCUAUUGAGUUUUAUACAAUUUUCUUCAGCAGUUGUUGGAAGUAUUUAACUUUUUAAAAUGUGGUUACACAUGAUAGCAUUAAAUUACUUAUUUAAACUUGCAUUGUAGUCUGAAUAGCUAAGUACUUUUUCAUAUUUCGGUAUUCUUUAUUGAGAUGUAUGAAAUUGAAAUGUGUACACAGCGCCUUAUUGCAUCUGCCAAACAUACCAACCCAUUCUGUUGAGGGGUCAUGAGGACUUGAAAUGUCAACUGUGCUCUCCUCUGCCGAUGCUGCCAGACCUGCUGAGUUUUUCCAGGUAUUUCUGUUUCUGUUUUUGCCCUGGGCAGAGUUGCCUUGAAGGGCAACAGCUGUUGUGGCAGCCAUCUUGCACACAGGAAGAUCCUGCAGACGUCAUGAGGUAAUAGGCCAGUGAAUCUGAUUUUGGAAGUGACGGUCACCUUGGACCCUCCCAAAAUAUUACAUUCCUAAACAUGGGACAAACUAAAAAUGGCACAUGGUUCCGAGACCCAAGCAGAGCUACAAUAUUUGUCCAUCACGAAGACUAAUGAAUUUGCAGUACUUUUAACCUUUUUCAAACCACUGCAUUAUUCCUUGGCAUAAUUUAAGAUGCCAAAGAACAGCUCAUACAUAUUUCCCAUUCUAAGUAUAAUUAAAAUAUAUCAAAACCCUGCUUGCCUUUUAUUGAUUUUAAGAGCUUUUCUUUUGACUUUAUCAGCCCGGCAUCUCGAGAGUGUUAUUAGAUAAUUAUCCCUUGGGUUCCUUAAAUUUAAAAAAAUUAAGGAAGAUUUCAGAUCCUGCUAUUAUUUAUUACAAGUGAUUAUAAAGGAAUACCUGAAGGAAGAAUUAUACUAAUGAUGGUUUGAUUCCUGUCAUGCCUUUCCUUAAGCAGUACAUUUAAAUUUGUGCUGGUACCUCUUGAUGCAUUUUUUAAUCCCUCAUUAACUGGCUUCUGGAGCAGUGACUGCAUCUUUCAUGUUUGUUCCCUCAUGUGGCUGUGCCCACCAUGAAGAACACUCCCACCAGCACUUUCAGGUGCUGGAGUGCACUGAAAAUGAAGAGGGUAUCAUGGGAAGCAUGUUGAUGAAUUUUCUGAUAAAUUAGGUGCCUCUUACUCCUUUUACUUGAGCCAGUGAGGUAGGUUCAUUUGUGCGGGUCUUUGAUAUGAGCUUAAUUGUUACAUUGCGAAUGUUUACAAUUUGUUCUCUGGUGGCCACAUUCCAGUGAUCACUCUAAUGUAUCUGUAUUUUUUCUGUUUGUUUUUGCAUUCCAUGUUUGCAAGCUAAUAAAAAUCAUGCAACUAUUGCUUUGAUCUGACUUCA